CACUGGACUCGGGCAGCCUCGGCUGUGCGACGUUGUCCCGCUGCCUCCCUCUCCCACCCCUCUCUGGCAGGGCCCCAAACUGAGGCUGGAAGGGGGUUGAAGGUCACAUCUGCUUUGGGUUGGGUCUGCAGGGAAGACAGGAGGGCUAAGUCCGAGGAGGGAGGAGUUGUAGGCCAGAGCGGUGGCCAGGAGGCUGUCGCUCAGUCCUGACAUUCGUGGUCCAGGCCCUGGCCUGCUUCCCCUUCCGGCUUGCUGCUGCACUCCACAGGAAGAGUAACCCUGCCUGCCCAAGCCAUGUAGAGGGAUCUUUCGCUGCGGCCUGAGGGAGUUCUCUCUGUCCUCGGGACCCCAGGAUGAGAUCUGUUAGGAGGAACUGAGGUCUUCAGAGGAGGUCAAGAGUCUCAGAAGGGAUGAGUGAGGGGCCACGGCUGGUGGGCAUGAGGGGAGGAUGAGCACGAACUCCAGACACAGGCUCUGUGAAGUGAACUAGAAAUCCUCCCUCCGGAAAAUGGAGGCCCCAGGGUGACAAGCCACAGUCGCCCCCACGAAGUGUGGCUUUGCUUCCACUUAGAACAGAUUAAGGCUGUGGCUCCAGGGUUCAAGGCCAUGCCUGGAAGAUCCGGGGACGUGUAAGGAAGGGGUGCAUGGAUGCCCAGCCGGGAGCUGGAGGCGCAGUUCCUUGGCCUCUCAAGGCUCCCUUCUCAUCACCCUGGGCUUUUCUCUCCAGCAUCAGAGGAGCAGGGUAGGUGACUCAGACGUUCCCCUGGAGUCUGACGCAGGAAAGGCCUGCUGUUUCCACCCACUCCUGAGGGCCGCCUGGCUCCCACGGGACUGCCCUCCCUCAGGCUCUUCCUGCAUCACUCACGACUGGAAACUCCUGCUGCCUAGCAACAAGUCCCUGCUGCCUUGUUAGUCCUGUAGCUGGGGGCAGAGCGGACGAUCCAAGCCAGGUGGGAGAGCAGCAGGGGUGGGUGCUAAGUCCCUAGCCUAGUCCUCAUACUUGGUGUUCUUGGUGGUGGAACAGCGUCUGGGAUACAGGUGACACUCCCCGACUCUGACUUUCCUCAUCGUGUGCACCCCAAGCCUGCUGCCUCCCACCCUACCGCUACCCCAUCACCAGACCCUAACCUUUCCCUGGACCCUUCCCCAGCGGCUGAUUCUCAGUCCUCCGUGUCAAGAGUCUCAGACAGUUCUUUCUUAUGGAGGUUUGCAAGAAUGAUGGUGCUCACCUGUAAUUUCAGCUCUUGGAAGGCUAAGGCAGGAGGUUCCCUGUGAGUUCGAGCCCAGCUUGAGCUACAAAGAAGCGCACCCCCACCGCCUGACGGAGAACUCCUCUGCGGCUGGAGUGGAGCUGCACACUGAUGGAGACCCCUCUCGAGAAGGCCCUGACCACGAUGGUCACCACUUUUCACAAAUACUCAGGGAGAGAGGGUAGCAAACUGACCCUGAGCCGGAAGGAGCUGAAGGAGCUGAUAAAGGAGGAGCUGAGUUUUGGGGAGAGGAUGAAGGAGAGCAGCAUUGACGACCUAAUGAGGAGCCUGGACAAGAACAGUGACCGGGAGAUCGACUUCAAGGAGUACUCGGUGUUCCUGACCACGCUGUGCAUGGCCUACAACGACUUCUUCCUGGAGGACAACAAAUGACCCGUGCGCUCUGCGCUCCCGCUGGGCCUCACCCCUGCUGCUU